UCUAUCGUUGCGGAAAACGAAACUAAACAUUAGCCAAAACAAAAUGGGGGCAGCGUUAGACACUCCGGCGAGGUGUCCUCUCUGUAACGAGUUAACUCGGGAGCCCGUCACCCUGAAGUGUAACCAUCAGUUCUGUCAGAGAUGCAUUGGAGACUUAUGGAGUAUCACCCCGACUGGACCGUUCCACUGUCCAGAGUGGAAGUGUAAAACUGUGUACCAGACGUUACCGUUUGAUCGCAGUCUUAUACGGUCGCCUGCACCCAGUCGGGCCGCCCCCUCCCGCAGUAAUACAGGCACGCCCAGUACCGAUGACUCAAUGCUUGGAAGGCCCUCGCUGACCAGCCGACUCCUUGGGAAGAGAAAGGCCAGCACACCUGUUUCAGAGCAACCUGCGAAGCGGUCAACCGUGGACUCUCCUCAAGAGCGGCCCAACGACACUGAGACUGCCGCCACGUCUUCGUCAGACAAGCCCGUGCAGCCACCUGUCCAGGAGACACCUGAGAAAUCAGUGGACCCCGUAUCUGCACAGUCUUACGAUGGAGCCACCCCUGAGAAUUCUGACAGAAAUGCUAAGAGGAUCAGACGUAAGUCAGACACACUGGAUGAAUCUGACAGCUCCAGUGAAGUAGAUCUGUGUGAAACCCCCCUGACUGCAAGCCCAAAGACAACAUCACAUGUGACAGGAAAUCAUGCUUCCUCUAAGAAACCUGCCCUUCAAGGGAAUGAGUCCUCACCUCCUUUCACUCCCAGUAAGGGUCCCGCAUCUGCCUUGGCAUCCGCAGAGCGGGUUGGCAUCUUCCUCAGGCCGGAGAGCAGGAACCCGGGCCCUGUCCCCUGUCAUUAUUGCCCUAAAUCUGGGUGUCAGUCGGCGGUGAAGACAUGUCUGGUCUGUGGGGCGUCCAUGUGCAAAGAGCACCUGCGUCCCCACCUGGAGUCUACGGUCUUCCAAAACCACACCCUGGUUCCUCCCAUGGCGGACAUUUCCCUGUGGAGGUGCCUGGAGCAUCAGGAGAUAAACCGCAUCUAUUGUCGAGAGUGUGGAGUGUGUGUGUGCACCGUGUGCACAGUCAUCGGCUCCCACCGCGACCACGUCUGCAUCAGCAUCAGGGAGGCAGAGAGAGAGCUGAGGGCAAACUUAAAAGACGAAAUCAAACAGCUACAAGAGGCUGAGCAGCAAGUGAAGACUAGAGUGGCUGAAUUCUCACAGAUGAAAGAGACCUGUCAAGCGGUGUUGAGCGAGGCACGAGCGGGGGUGAAGCAGCAGUAUGCAGCAAUCAGAGAGGCUUUGGAGCAGGAGGAGCAAUCGGCUCUUCAGUGUGUGAUGAAGGAGGAAGCCAAGGUCCUGGGAGGGCUCGCCGACAAACUCAGCCUCCUCCAGAGCUCCCUGCAGUCCAUUCAAAAUGGCCUCCACUCGCUGGAGGGCCUGGCUGAUACUAAGGGAGACAGACACGUGCAGGACCAGGCUUUCAUUAUGGAAUACAGCAAGGUUUCCCAACUGUCUGCAAACACCGGAAACUUUAUGGAGCAGUGUGAGGACCCAGAGGAAGUGGACCGCGCCCGGCUGCGUUGUCUGCAGAAGUGGACAGAGAAACGCCUGGACGACGUGGUCAUCACCAUGCCAGGCAAAGACAGAGAGCUCUACACGCUGCUGUACGGCACCAUUCCGGUCUUGGAUGCAGACACAGCCCAUCCAAAGCUGCAGCUGUCCGACGACAGCAGGAGGGUGACCUACAGCGAGGCCCAGCAGGCCUACGCCGAGCACGAGGCCCGCUUCAGCUCCUUCCCACAAGUCCUAGCCUCCGGCCCCCUGGAGGGGGGCCGCUGGUACUGGGAGGUGGAAGUGUCCAUGGAUGACGGCCGCUGGAAGGUGGGUGUGUGUGAGGGUCAGAUAGAAAGGAAAGGCCAAAAGGACAGCUCCCGUCUGGGCUUCAACGGUCACUCCUGGUGCCUGGCCUGCGACAAGCGUAAAGUGGAAGCUGUGCAUAACAAGGAAGCAGUUCCUGUGAAAGCAGACGGGCUGAAAAGGGUGGGAGUGUUUGUUGACUUCGAAGUGGGUGGUGUGUCAUUCUUUAAUGUGACACCAGGGGGCAGCCUUGCUUUAUUGCAUUCUUACAAGCACAGGUUUUCUAACCCUCUAUUUCCUGCCUUUUCGGUGUCAAAAACACACCUGGCUGUCUGUCAUCUGUUCCGGUCAUAAAUCAUACGUGACUGGCAUGUCAGUUCUGCUGAAAAAUUGCAAAGGAAAAGCAAGAUUUUACCUUUUUAU